GAGAGACAGAGAGAGAGAGGAAAGUUUGAAGUUGGCUGGUUGGGUGAACGAAUACAGGGUUUUUUUCAGGAGGAAAUGAAUAUGGAAUAAGGAAUUGCUUGCUAUUUCUUUCUCCAUCAGAAGGAUAUAACGAUAUAAGGAUAUUAUAUAUAUAUAAUGAUGUAACCAGAUAAGAAAGAGAACGAAAAAGAAAGAGGGAAAUAAAGUGUAAACGUUUUGAUGGAUUUGUUUCCCUCUGGUCAAACUGCACCUAUUUCUUAACAGAAGUUGACUUCGAACCGGAUAACAGUUAUCGGGACGAACUCCAGUCUCUACCGUGUGCGCGCAUGAUAUCAUUACCCCAUCAACCGGGUCAUUGCGCGCUCCCAGACAUGGACGCAGGUCCUCUCAGCAGCGGAUAAGCACACGCGCUGUACCCGCGCAGUCUCGAGCCCCCUAAGCACGGGUGUGUGUGAGCCCCGUGGAGCUAAACGGUGGAGCCGGGACGGGAGGUAUCGGAGCCAACCGCACUGGACAGUUCCCGGUUUACCGAGAAAGACUUUGAGCAACGAGAUGGACCGAAUAUGGAGCUCAACGCCCGGGGCAUCGCCUCCCCUCCUCCUUCUCCUCACCCUCCUCUCCAUCACUGUUUUUCACGAGGCGACAGCGGCACAGGCAGCCAAUCCGGUGGACGUGCUGAGGAUCCUGGACCUAUCAGAGGACAUGGAGGGUGUGUCUCUGGAGGCGGGGCUCUGCACCAGUAGAGAGGGAAGAGAAGAGACGGACAUCUCCUUCAAGAUCAACAAGAAGAUCCAACUCAGUGUCCCUACAAAACAGCUGUUCCCAGAAGGGGGGUUCCCAGUGGACUUCUCUGUCCUGGCUACGGUACGUGCCCGGCGGGGUGCCCAGGUGUUCUUGCUGUCCCUGUACGACCCCCAGGGUACCCAGCAGCUGGGGUUAGAGGUCGGGAGGUCCCCUGUCUUCCUGUAUGAAGACCAGCAAGGCCUGCCUCCUCCUGAACUAUACCCGACCUUCAGGAAGAUCAACCUGGCUGACGGCAAAUGGCACAGGGUAGCGUACAGUGUGGAGGGUCAGUCAGUGACUCUGUAUCUGGACUGUGAGAAGGUGGAGAGUCUGGAGCUCCAGAGAGGUCUGAACCCAGAGGUCAGCACUGAAGGGGUCACUGUGUUCGGGACACGGCUACUGGAUGACCAGGUCUUCGAGGGAGAAAUCCAACAAUUGUUGAUCGUAGCCGACCCCAGAGCUGCAGAGACCUACUGUCAAGACUACAUUCCCGACUGCCACGCCCCUUUACCCUACGACAGCCUAUCACAAGAGACUGAGGAGGAGACAAAGCCCGCCAGGAGAGUGAAGGUGGAGGAGUUUGAUGAGUUUGACUACAGUGACCUUUACGACGACCUCUCUGUCUCCACGGUUACCGUGAGACCUAACAUCACAGAGUAUGAGAUUGUAGAGUACGAAGACUACGACAACGAAACAGAUGAGUACGAGGUCAGAGAGUAUGAAUACGAGGAGGAAUUUGAAGAUCGAUACGGAUUGGCCGAGAGGGAGAGGGCGGAGUCCUGGAACGGACAGGAAAGAAUAGAGAAAGGAGAGAAAGGAGAACAAUCCUACUUUGGAGCAAGCACCUUAAUCACAGGCCCCGGGGGUCUUCCAGGACCAGAGGGAGAACAAGGACCCCAGGGGCCCACAGGACUGGUCGGACCUCAAGGAGACCUAGGAGAACUGGGUCCUCCAGGCCGGCCGGGUCUCAACGGGGCUGAUGGGAUACCAGGUCCUCCAGGGAACAUCCUCGUUGUUCAGUUCCAGGCAGGUGGAGUCCAACUAACAGGACCAGUGAUAUCAGCCCAGGAGGCUCAAGCCCAGGCCAUCCUACAACAGACCAAGUUGUCUAUGAAGGGACCACCUGGACCACUAGGCCUUAUGGGACGUCCUGGACCGCUGGGUAACUCGGGUCCGUCGGGGCUGAAGGGAGUAGCCGGGGAGAUGGGACCAGCAGGGCCUAGAGGUAUUAUGGGCCAAGCAGGGAUGAAUGGAAAGUCAGGGAAGAGGGGUCGAGCUGGGACGGAUGGGAACAGAGGUGCUCCGGGUGAGACCGGUGGGAAGGGUGACAGGGGUUUUGACGGCUUGCCAGGUCUUCCAGGACACAAGGGACACAGGGGGGAGAUAGGAAAACCAGGCCCCCACGGUACUCUUGGGCUGUCAGGAGAGAGGGGUUCCGAAGGACAACCAGGACCAAGAGGACAGCCAGGUGAUGCUGGUUCCAGAGGGUUGAACGGACCCAGAGGUCACACUGGCCCUACAGGUCAGCCUGGAAUCCGAGGAGUGGAUGGAAUCCAAGGUUCCAAGGGAAACUUGGGACCUCCGGGGGAGAUGGGAGCAUCCGGGCAGCAAGGAAACCCUGGGUUGCAGGGGUUUCCUGGUCCUCAGGGCCUUGUGGGCUUGCCAGGACUUAAGGGGCCCCAAGGGAAGAAAGGGUUGCAGGGACUACCUGGGAAUGAUGGACCUACCGGUCACCCAGGGAGAGAGGCUCCAGGAGAGAAGGGACUACCGGGCCCACCAGGAGUCCAGGGGCCUAUAGGAUACCCAGGAUCAAGAGGAGUGAAGGGAGCGGACGGAAUUAGAGGAAUGAAGGGAAGCAAAGGGGAGAAGGGUGAGGAUGGGUUCCCCGGCUCUAAGGGAGAGAUGGGGCUGAAAGGUGACGGGGGUGACAACGGGGUCCCAGGGUCCAGGGGAGAGGAUGGUCCCGAAGGACCUAAAGGACAGGCUGGACCCCUGGGGGAGGCUGGAGCCGUGGGCAUCGCUGGAGAAAAGGGUAAACUGGGAGUUCCAGGGUUACCGGGGUAUCCUGGACAAAAAGGACCGAAGGGUUCGGAUGGUUUUCCUGGAUCUAUUGGAGUUUUGGGAGAGAAGGGGAAGAGGGGUCCCGGGGGGGAAGCAGGCAGUGCAGGACAGAGGGGUCCUAACGGGGUGCGUGGGGGCCGGGGUGCCAAGGGACCAACGGGGAAGACAGGGGGAAAGGGCUCCUCUGGACAUGAUGGACCCAAUGGACCAACUGGAGACAGGGGGCCUCAAGGGCCACAAGGACGGAACGGGGAAUCAGGACCCAAGGGACCGAACGGUCCAGCGGGGAAAGAUGGACUUCCGGGUCAUCCAGGUCAGAGAGGAGAGCCGGGUUUCCAAGGAAAGACGGGACCCCCAGGUCCAGGAGGUGUUGUGGGGCCACAGGGUAAAUCAGGUGAGACCGGGUCGUUGGGAGACAGAGGUCACCCCGGGUCACCUGGCGUACCGGGAGAGCAGGGCUUACCUGGCGCCGCCGGGAAGGAGGGAGCUAAGGGCGACCCGGGCACAGGAGGGACUUCUGGGAAAGCUGGUCCUCCAGGACUUAGGGGCUUCAGAGGCAGCAGAGGGGCUGCCGGGGGCAUGGGUCCUGCUGGUCUGAAAGGAGGUGAAGGACCAGUCGGAGCAGCAGGAGCUAUAGGGGCCGGUGGUGAGAGGGGUCCCCCAGGGUCAGCCGGUGCCAUUGGUCAGCCUGGGAGGGCAGGGGCUGUGGGUGGACCUGGACCAAUGGGAGAGAAGGGGAACCGGGAGGGGCGGGUCCUAUUGGACCAUCAGGACAGGAUGGAGACCAGGGACCUCUAG